UAAAAUGGACAUGGUAAUAGGGGGGUGUGGUCACAAAAUGUGCCGCACUACGCGCAACAAAUAUUUUUGUCCCUCUUUCUGUUUCAAGAAUGUUGGGAGGAGGUGUGGGGUGUGUGGCACCACAAUGUGUCAUUAAAUGCUGAGAGCCACCAGCGACACUUCUGCCACACACUGUCAUUAAAUGAAGGGGCCACUUGUGUCUACUUUACAGAUGUCAGUGCACUUGUGUCUCUCAUGCUCUCAUUCCAACCAAGGGAAAGGGGGUGUUUUUGUGCCUUUGGGAGUGUGGACACUGAGUGGGUGUGGCCAAAAACAUUUUCACUACACGUGCCCACUGUUUUUGUCUCUCUUUAUUAUUCUCCAAUGUUGGAGGUAUGACCAGCCCCUUCCCUUUCAUCAGUUACUGCUCAUGCACUGAGACAUUGCAGACUUAGUGUCUCUCUGCUGUAACAAGUGUGCAGCCACUGACUCCCAGGCACACGUUUAACUCCACACUCAGCUAUUGCUAAGGGGUUGCUAUAGUUACUAGUUGUUGUGCUGUUAAUAAGUCUUCCUGUUUCCAGGGAUUGAAAGUCCUGAGUAAUAAAGUUAUUUUUACAUCCACAAAUCAAUCUGUGAGUUUUCUCUCUGUCCCUAACUCUUUGUCCCUCCCACGUGCUCACUAAUCCAAUCAUUGUUCUCUGCUGCUCUCUGCACCGCCCACAUUCCAGUCACAGCCAAUGAGAGAGGUCCCAGCUCUCCUCACAGUCCAGCACAGUUCCAGGCAGCAGAGCAGUGUGGUGUAAUGUUGUACCAUUCAUUCCUGUGACAAUGUGAAUGUGGGCGGAGUUAUAAGAAAGGUUAUGGACAGAGGAAGGGGAAGUGAGGGGGAGGAGCAGAGAGUGUGGAGAGAAGAGCGAGGAAUAAAGCUGAAUUGUAGCCUGCAGUCUGGCAUCUCUGUGUGGAUUCCUCUAGUUGUGCAACUCCUGCACUGGCUUAUCACACGUGGGAAACAGGGUCACUUCCAGGUCAGUCCCUCCCACAAGGAGCCAAUGGGAAUGUGGGAGGAAGCGAGUGACACAGGGAUGAAGGGGAAGAAGAAGAAGAAGGAUAAAAAUGAGGAGGAGGAGGAGCGGGGGAAGAAGGAGAGAAUGGUGAAUCUGACACUGGAGAUGAUCUAUCUGCUGACUGGAGAGCACUACAUCCCUAGGAAGAAGUCAGAUGAUGGGGGGGCCCUGCAUGCCCCUGGCUCCGUCAUACAGAAGGAAAAUAACAAGAAUGACAAGAAGAUCCUGGAACUCAUGUCCAACAUCAUCCAGCUGCUGACUGGAGAGGUUGCCAUAAGGACUCAUCAUGUUUCCAUCUAUUUUUCCUUGGACGAGUGGGACUAUAUAAAAGGAAACAAGGAACUUUAUGAGGAAGGGAUAAAGGAGGAGCCCCAGCAGCUCCGCCCACAGGCCUGUGAAUAUAAAGAUGAGAGCAAUGUUACAGCACAUAUGGAAGCAACUUUAUGCUGUAAUAGUGAUGGAAAUUUCAUAAACCCUGAAAACCCUGAAAUCUCUCCAGGGGAACAGCCCCCACCAGCCAAUGGUAUUAAAGAGGAAGCGACUUCAAGCGAAGAGGGAAACCAAUCAGAUUGCAGCAUUAAUCCACUUACAGAAGAGAUACAGGGAACAGAUACACCUACUCCUAUCAUGGGAUGCAGCCUGAAUUACAGCUUGUCGGAUAAUUAUAUAUCAGAUGAGAUUAAAGAGGAAGAGACUUCAUGUCAAGGAGGAAACCAAUCAGAUUGCAGCAUUACUCCACUUACAGAACAGAUACAGGGAACAGAUACACCUACUCCUAUCAUGGGAUGCAGCCUGAAUAACAGCUUGUCGGAUACUUAUAUAUCAGAUGAGAUUAAAGAGGAAGAGACUUCAUGUCAAGGAGGAAACCAAUCAGAUUGCAGCAUUACUCCACUUACAGAACAGAUACAGGGAACAGAUACACCUACUCCUAUCAUGGGAUGCAGCCUGAAGGAUAAUAAAUAUGAUGGAAAUCCACACUGGUCACCAAAAAAUACAUUACGUAGAAAAUACAGUUGCAAUGAGUGCCAUGAAUAUCUUAUUCACAAGAGAGAUUUUGGUAAACAUCAAAUGACCCACAAAAGAGAGAAAUCUUUUUCUUGUUCUGAAUGUGGGAAAUGUUUCUUAAAUCAACUUUGCCCUGAUCGACAUCAAACAGGAAAGAAACCAUUUUCUUGCUCUAAGUGUGGGAAAUGUUUUGCCUUUUUGUCAGACCUUACUGUGCAUCAGAGAAUUCACACAGGGGAGAGACCUUUUUCUUGCUCUGAGUGUGGGAAAGGCUUUACUAGACCAAAUGCACUUAUUAUCCAUCACAGAACCCACACAGGAGAGAAACCUUUCUCCUGUUCUGAAUGUGGGAAAUGUUUUUCAAAGCAAUCUAGCCUUGUUCAUCAUCAAAGGACUCACAUAGGAGAGAAACCAUUUUGUUGUUCUGAGUGUGACAAAUGUUUUGCCUCUUCAUCAGAACUUAAUAUCCAUCAGAGAACCCACACAGGAGAGAAACCAUUUUCCUGUUCUGAAUGUGGAAAAUGUUUUACAAAUCAUUCUCACUUUGCACAUCAUCAAAUGAUUCACACAGGAGAGAAGCCAUUUUGUUGUUCUAAGUGUGGGAAAUGUUUUGCCUCUUCAUCAGACCUUACUUUCCAUCGGAGAACCCACACAAGAGAAAAAACAUUUUCCUGUUCUGAAUGUGGGAAAUGUUUUUCAAAUCAUUCUCACCUUGCUCGUCAUCAAAUGAUUCACACAGGAGAGAAGCCAUUUUGUUGUUCUGAGUGUGGGAAAUGUUUUUCCUCUUCAUCAGGACUUACUGCCCACCAACAAAGAACCCACAUGAAGGUAAAACCUUUUUCCUGUUCUGCAUGUGGGAAAUGUUUUUCAAAUCGAUCUCACCUUAUUCGACAUCAAAUGAUUCACACAGGAGAGAAACCUUUUUCUUGUUUUGAGUGUAGGAAAUGUUUUUCAAAUCCAUCGAACCUUGCUCGUCAUCAAAUGACUCACACAGGAGAGAAGCCAUUUUCUUGUUCUGAGUGUGGGAAAUGUUUUGCCUCUUCAUCAGACCUUACUUUCCAUCACAGAACCCACACAGGAGAGAAACCUUUUUCCUGUUCUGAAUGUGGGAAAUGUUAUUCAAAGAAAUCUAGCCUUGUUCAUCAUCAAAGGACUCACACAGGAGAGAAACCAUUUUCUUGCUCUAAAUGUGACAAAUGUUUUGCCUCUUCAUCAGAACUUAAUAUCCAUCAGAGAACCCACACAGGAGAGAAAGCAUUUUCCUGUUCUGAAUGUGGGAAAUGUUUUACAAAUCGGUCUCAACUUUCUCGUCAUCAAAUGAUCCACACGGGAGAGAAGCCAAUCAGUUGUCCUGAGUGUGAGGAAUGCUUUGUCUCUUCAUCACAACUUACUGCCCAUCAACAACAAGCCCACAGGAUGGUAAAACCUUUUUCCUGUUUGGAGUGUGGGAAAUGUUUUUCAAAUCGAUCUAACUUUGCUCGUCACCAAAUGAUUCACACAGGAGAGAAACCUUUUUCUUGUUCUGAGUGUAGGAAAGGUUUUUCAAAUCAAUCUAGCCUUGCCCGUCAUCAAAUGACUCACACCGGAGAAAAACCUUUUUCGUGUUCUGAAUGUGGGAAACGUUUCUCAAAUCAAUCUCACCUUGCUCGUCAUCAAAUGAUUCACACAGGGGAAAAACCUUUUUCUUGUUCUGAGUGUAGGAAAGGUUUCUCAAAUCAAUCUGGCCUUGCUCGUCAUCAAAUGACUCACACAGGAGAGAAACCUUUUGCGUGUUCUGAAUGUGGGAAAUGUUUUGCCUCUUCAUCAAAGCUUACCGCCCAUCAACGUACCCACAUGGGGAAGAAACCGUUUUCUUGUUCCUAAUGUGGGAAUGUUUUUUUUAAACUGAUCUUAUCUUAAAGAUCAUUACGAACCCUCACUGUAUAGAAACCUUUUCCUUUUUCUAGAUGUGGAAAUCCUUUUACAAAUCAGCCAAACAUUUAU